CGCGGGAGAGCAGUUCGUCAUGUACGAUUCAUUCGAGGAGGAUGACGGGGCCGGGGACGAAGACAGCAGAGUGAUAGUAUUCGGCACCAGGAGAAAUCUCGAAAUUUUGUUUAAGUGCAUCAUGUGGUUUCUUGAUGGCACUUUAAAAACUGCUCCCCACAUUUUUAUGCAAAUUUUCACAAUCUUGGGACUUGUGGUGCGGUCUGGAGCCGACGCAGAAGAUCCUGACACUGCUGUUGCUUUGCCGCUGGUCUUCGCCCUGCUACCAUCAAAGAUGGAGGUCCACUACACGCUCGUCCUCCAGAAAGUCAGGGAGGCCGCAGAGCGGUUCCGCAUUCGGGCAACAAGUGGGCCGACCAAGAUCAUGACAGACUUUGAGUUAGGCAUCAUCAACGCAGCCCGAGCAGUGUUUCCCGAGGCUGUCAUCCGCCUGUGCUUUUUCCACUUGGGCCAGUCGUCCUAUCGGAAGGUGCAACAUAUUGGGCUCCAGGAGCAGUACAAUGACCCCGAAGAUCGCUCCAUCAAGAACGCGGUCCACUCGCUGCUCGCCCUUGCCUUCCUGCCUGCGGACAGAGUUCUAGACGCCUUCGACGGCCUGGAGAGAGUGUCCCCCCCGAGCCACCGCCCCUUUGUUCCGGUACUUCGAGGAGACCUACCUGCCUGCGAGGUGGAACAACUACGAGGCGACGCUCGCAGACGAGCACCGCACCAAUAA